CAUCGGUGUUAUUUGUAUCCAUUUCAUUCAUUGUGCUAAUGAUUAUAUCGUUGGUAUGGCUGAUUUUCUACUACAUACAAAGAUUCCGCUAUAUGCAGGCAAAGGAUCAGCAAUCGCGCAAUCUUUGCUCUGUAACCAAGAAGGCCAUUAUGAAGAUACCUACAAAGACAGGCAAGAUGACUGAUGAAAAGGACUUGGACAGCGACUGCUGCGCCAUAUGCAUUGAGUCCUACAGGCCUUCUGACAUAAUAAGGAUCUUGCCCUGCAACCAUGAGUUUCAUAAAAACUGCAUUGAUCCCUGGCUGAUUGAGCAUCGCACCUGCCCCAUGUGCAAGUUGGAUGUGUUGAAGUUCUACGGCUAUGUGUUUCUGGGCAGCGAGGAGAGCAUAUUGGAGUAUGAGGCUACAGCAGCAGCAGCAGCAGUUGUGGCAACAACUGCAACAGCUGCGCCAGCAGCUCAGUCGCAGCCUGCGCCAAGCGCUUUGGCUGAACGCAUGCGCAGUCGCGACUUUGUCUUGGACUUUCCGCGUGUCUUUGUGCUUAACAGUUUGCCAGAGCGCUCCCAGAGCUCGCUGUCGCUGCGUCAAGCGCGCGAUUGGAUGUCCAUGAUGAGCAACAAGCUGGAGGAGCAGCAAGGCUUGCGUCGACGCAAGGAUGAAAUGCAGCAGCAAUUGCUAAGUGCGCGCGACUCCACUCGACAGCGACGCUCACGCUCGGCGGAUGCGCGCUAUGCCACAGGAUUCUUUAUGCGUCAGCAGCAGCAGCAGCAGCAACUGCAGUCCACUACAGCUGAGGCUGGACUACGUCGCACCAGCUCCACGCAGCAGCUGCAGCAAUUGACAGAUGCGAGUUAUGCGCAGUCGCGUCAGCGUCAGCGCGAAACUUUUGACUUUGCGCGCACGCGUCGUCGCUUUAUGCGUCGCCAAAGCGAUGAAAUGUCCUUGCAGCCGCUGCCCAGACGUGCGGCCAGCGAAACUGAGUCCGGCGAUCACAUUACCAUACAAAUCAAUGGCGAAGGUGUUGAUCUGCAUGAUUAACUAGCAACUAGCAUUGCCAACCCAAAUUGUAACAUAUUCCCAAAUAUAAAUAUAUGUACAGCUUUAGCUUU